UUAGAGAUUUCUACCCUCCCCCUUCCUAAGGCUUACUGAGGCUUUGGGGAAAAGGGCCCCAAUCCCACCUUUUCUGGGAUUUCUACCCUCCCCCUUCCUCUUUUGUCUACUCUGUUUGCUGCCACCUCUAGUCAAUAGAUGGCAGCACGAGACUGCAGAGAACACUCACUCAUUCCACAGCCACAAUGCUUACUCCCAUUUAUACACUCUCAGCCUCCAACUUAUCCCGACCACCCAGGAAAUACUUUGUGCCUUCACGAAAUCUCCUACCUUACUCCGUGCACAAGAAUUACCUGGUCCUCUUAUUGCCGCGGUCUUGCAAGCCUCUCCUACCCGCUUUGCUGAGAAUCCAGAUUUAUUCAUUACAAUGGGUGGGCCUUGAUCUCCCUCACCCUAGGGCCACCGUAACUAGACAGUAGGACGUGUCCCCCAUUGGUAGGGUGAUCGAAGGCCCCCUUUCCGAAGGAGAAUAUUCAAGUUCCAAAGAUGGACAUCAGAACAGUUAGGAAUAACGUUCAAAAUCCUAGGGAAAUUGAACACUCGGACAAAGGAUUCUUAGCAAAGCAAUUUUACUUCUGCGCAGAGGGGUGCCUCCUUGGCCAGUUGCCAUGGGAGCACACCUGAACAAAGGGGCACGAGAGCCUUUAUUCCUGACACAAGUCCUGCCUCUGUACCCUUUCCCCAUUGGUCGGGGUCGGGUCAUACAAUCUAAACUGAUCCCAAUUGGCUAAACAUUUGAUUUUUCUUAGAUAGGGUGGGCACAUGAAGGAAAGUGGAGGGAAAGGGGAAGCGGUGUCUGUAAUGAGCCAGAAAGUGAGUCCUCUUUCCAAAUAAGGAAAGGAAUGUGAGCUGGUACUGAUAAUGCUUGGUACUGUGGCGUGCCUGGGCAUUAAACAAAGGCAAGAAGGGAAAAGGAGAAAAAAAGGAGAAAAAUUGAGGGGUACUAUGAAUUAAAGAAUACAAGAUUGAUCAGAUUAUUUGAAGAGAAACCUCAUCACAUCCCAUACUGUGAAGAGGCAUGAUUGUAAGUUUCCUGAGGCCUUCCCAAUCAUACGGAACUCUUCAACAAUGACAGAACUCUGUGAUCAGCUUGUGGUAACAAGAAGGAAACAUGUGGAAUGUUCAUCACAGCUGGCUUCUAGAGACAACUCAAACUUUCUCUGCUCACAUCCUUUCCACUGCCAGAUCUAUGUAGAUGGAAUCAUCCCGUCUAUGUUUGAGGUUUAGUAAUUCUUCAGUUUUCCUCAGCAGUGAAUAAUCAGAAAGUCUUGGUUUGUAUCUCAACCUGUCCCAUUUUUCUCUUUAAUUGGUUUGUCCUUUGCUGUCAGAUCUAGAGACUUAGAGUAACAAUGUGGUUCUUUUUCUUUUGAAUUUUCUUUUCUUUUUCUUUUUUUUUUACUAGGAUCUGAUUGGUGUUUGCUUUGGCUACCCCAGAAAACCUCCUGAGUCACCCCAGGGACCCACAGGAGAGUACACUUUCAGUAUUUCUUCAAUAAAUGGAAUCUUUAUGAAGAGCAUUUCAAAAGAUUACUAACCUGACUUGUAUUAUCCCAUUACUUUUCUUAUUGCUGUGGAUGUUCGUUAACUACAUUUCUCUGUUUUAUAAUUUUAGCCUUCUUUUCAUUUCCUGAGCUCUCCCUGAUGGUGGGUCCAACAUUUUACUAUAAUUCUGCUUGCUUCUCAUCAAGAUACAUUCCAUCACAGGUCCUAUUUUCCUGAGCUCUCACCUCUGAUAUAAGCCUGGAAGAAGAGUAAAUGAGACAGAAUAACACUAUUACAGAAUUUGUCCUACUUGGCUUGUCUCAGGAUCCUGGUGUGCAAAAAGCAUUAUUUGUCUUGUUUUUACUCACAUAUAUUGUGACCAUGGUGGGGAACCUGCUCAUUGUGGUGACUAUUAUUGCCAGCCCUUCCUUGGGCUCCCCAGUGUACUUCUUCCUUGCCUGCCUGUCACUUAUAGAUGCUGCAUAUUCCACUACCAUUUCUCCCAAGUUGAUUGUGGACUUAUUCUGUGACAAAAAGACUAUUUCCUUCCCAGCUUGCAUGGGUCAGCUAUUUAUAGACCACUUGUUUGGUGGUACUGACGUCUUCCUUCUGGUGGUGAUGGCCUAUGAUCGCUAUGUGGCCAUCUGUAAGCCACUGCACUAUUUGACCAUCAUGAAUCAACAGGUUUGCAUCCUUCUGUUGAUGGUGGCUGUGACUGGAGGUUUUGUGCAUUCUGUGUUUCAAAUUGUUGUUGUGUACAGUCUCCCUUUCUGUGGCCCCAAUGUCAUUGACCACUUUGUCUGUGACAUGUACCCAUUAUUGGAACUGGUGUGCACUGACACCUACUUUAUAGGCCUUAUGGUGGUUUUCAAUGGUGGAGCAAUCUGUAUGGUCAUCUUCACCCUUCUACUAAUCUCCUAUGGAGUCAUCCUAAACUCCCUUAAAACUUACAGUCAGGAAAAGAGGCGUAAAGCCCUGUCUACCUGCAUCUCUCAUAUCACUGUGGUUGUCCUCUUUUUUGUUCCCUGUAUUUUCAUGUAUGUUAGACCUGUUUCAACCUUCCCUAUUGAUAAAUUCAUGACUGUGUUUUAUACAGUUAUCACACCCAUGUUGAAUCCUUUAAUAUACACGUUGAAAAAUUCAGAGAUGAGAAAUGCUAUAGAAAAACUCUUGGGUAAAAAGUUAGCUAUAUUUAGAAUAAGAGUGUCCCUCCUCGUGUAGAUAAGGAGGUAUGUAGGCAAGGUCUUCCCAGUCAAGUUUUCAGAUUUCUAAGGGCAUGUCAAGCAUCUCAAAGUGGAAAGACAGGAUUUAGAUGCUCACAGCUCAAUUAGGAAAUCAUCCCAUCGUGGCAUUUGUUUGAAGUUCAAUAUCUCAACGUCUAUAUCCAGGCUGAGUGUGGAUGGAGCUGCUUGUUUGCAGGUCCUAUUGUGCACGAUUCAAAUGAUAAUUUUCAUAUUUACAAAUCUUUGAGACCCGGUAUUUCUUCCACAUACUCAGCACACAAUGGAGAAAUGUAUAGGUAAUAAAAUGGAGGCUCCUGUUGAGAAGGGAAGGCUAUGGUGCUUCCUUCAGUGUAAUUUAUUUAAAGUCUUUGUGGAAUAUACAAGCACUAUAUUCACAAAUAUCUGUGAAACAGACCCUGCUCAGACUUCAGCUGAAACUCUACAUGCAGUCAGAUAAUACUCUUAGGAAUCUUAGAAUUAUGUUUGUCUAGUUUAAUGUAUUCGUGAGACAUACUGUUAAAUUUUCCCAUGGUCUUUCCAAGUGUCUUAACUUCCACACCUUUGAAAUGACAUUCAUUUUGAUGACCCUUCUACUUUUGGAGUACUUAGCUCUUUGCAGAGACUGGAAAGGGGAAUGAGUUUUAUGUUUGAAGCCAGUAAUUUCUCGUUCUUUUAUGUUUCUUGUAAAUUCUGUCUGAAAAUGUAACAGUUUAUCUUUUAAGCAAUAUAUUUUAAAAAAAUCUAUGCCUUUUUAUAUAACACACUGCUAUAAGAAACAGCUGCAAUUUUCAAUAUUCUCCUUGGAAAUUUUAGCAAAAUCCACCUAUUCACUUAAGUACAUUUUUCAUUUUCUACCUUCCUAUAGGUGACAGAAUUACUAAAUUUUUUCAGUGCUGGAUGGCGGCUCACUUUUGUCACAGUCUGGAAUAGUUACUUCUGUCUUUUAAGCAUUCACUUAUAAUAUCCUGGUGGCUGCUAUUUUGGGGCACUAAAACCAGUGUCAUACACUUUAAGUUGUUGUGGUGGAAAUACCACACUUUGAUGUACUGUCUUCAUGUAAGGUUCAGAGCCCCACAGUUAUUAUGAGUUAUAACAACCACCAUAUUCUUUUAUCUCAAAAUUUUGUGAGCCAGGAAUUCAGGCAGUUGUUGGCAGGGUAUUUCUUCUGUUUUGUGUGGCAAGGACUGGAGUCACUCUCUUAUUCACCUGAUAACUGAGUAUUCUGUAAAACGCAGGAUAACUUAAUUCACAUUUAUAGUAUAUUGGAAGGGAUAACCCUUAAGAGAUGUUCUGGGUCCCUCUUCCUGUCCUUUUAGAUGAAGGACAUCAAGAUCACUCCAUAGAAUAGUAAGGCUUUUUACAUGUUGCUCAGAGAUCCUAGCGGUAGAAAGUAGAUGGGUCUGGCAGUUAAGUGCUAUGUCCAGAACUGGCACAAUGUCACUGGCAUCAUAUUCUAUUCAACCGAGUGGUCACAUGACCACACCAGAUUUGAGGUUUUACAGAAAUAGAAGAUAACUCUUGGUUGGGAACUGGCAAAGUCAUUUUGCCGAGCAGCAUGUAGAACAAUUGUCUAUAUCUCAAAAGAGCAUAUUGGAGUUUUAUUCAUUUUAAGUUGGAUCUAUGAAUCAACUUGUACUAACAUUAACAAUAUUGUGUGUUCUAGCUGCUGAAUACAAUAUAUCUGUUAGGUAUUUUUAAAGUUUAUUUUUGAAGAGUUUUGUAGUUUUUAUCAAUGUAGGGAUCUUCCUUAUCUAUUCCUAAGUGUUUGUGUUUUCAGAUUUCAUCACAGGUUUUUAAUUUUUUAAAAAGUUGAUAGUUUAUAUA